CUGUCCCGCUGCUCAUAUCCCGGAGAGGAGCGGCGGAGGGAGGCGGACUGUACGCGGUUCAGACAGCAGCGGCAGCAGCGGUAGAGGUGCGCUUCUCCUCCUGCAGACCUGCACGCCCUCGACUAUCUGGAUACUGCUUUCCCUCCAUCUCCAGCAUUAUUCUGACCCUCUGAGGCGCACAUAUCUGCUUCUUUUCCCUGAUGAGUCUUUACUCUGAGCGGACUGAGACAUGUGGAAUAACCCGGGGAAAGCGCAUCGCUUCUUCAUACUGUGUUUCCUGCUGACUGUAUGCACCGAGGUGUGUCAGUCUUCGGGUUACUUUGAGCUGCAACUCAUCUCGGUGGAAAACCCAAGAGGUCAGCUCCUGAACGGCGACUGCUGUGACUCGGAGGGCCGCCAGGCAGAUGGGAACUGCGGCCUGGACGAGUGUGAUACUUACUUCAGGGUGUGCUUAAAGGAAUACCAGCAGGAGGUGAAGAUUGGCGGACCAUGCACCUAUGGGUCAGAAAUCACCAAGGUGAUUGGUGGGAAUACUUUCCAGUUCAGAGGAAGCCAGAAAGGCAGUCACGACACUGGGAAGAUUGUCAUUCCCUUCCAGUUCUCAUGGCCGCAAGAUUACACUUUGAUAGUGGAAGCUUGGGAUAAGGACAACGGCACACGUGGCAGUGAUGAUGAGCUGAUGAUUGAGCGGAGCAUCUACAAGGGGAAGAUUAAUCCUGGCGAGGGGAAGCAGUCAGUAGAACAUAAAAGCUUCAUUGCCACAAUUAAAUAUACCAUGCGUGUACGCUGUGAUGAACACUACUAUGGCAUGAGAUGCAACAACGUAUGUCGUCCCCGGGACGACUACUUUGGACAUUACGUGUGCGACCAUUUUGGGAAGAGACAUUGUAUUGAAGGCUGGGAGGGAGAGGAUUGCAAAACAGCCAUCUGUAAACAGGGAUGUAGCUCGUUACAUGGGACCUGCAGCACCCCUGGGGAAUGCAAGUGUAACUAUGGGUGGGAUGGCCCAUUGUGUGACAGGUGCCUCCCAUACCCGGGAUGUGUUCACGGUACUUGUACUGAGCCCUGGCAGUGCACCUGUGAGAAGAACUGGGGUGGGCUGCUCUGUGAUAAAGACCUGAACUACUGUGGGACCAAUCAGCCCUGUAAGAAUGGAGGAACCUGCAUGAACACAGAGCCAGAUGAAUACAACUGUGCUUGUCUUGACGGCUACUCCGGCAAAAACUGUGAGAUUGCGGAGCACGCUUGCCUCUCUAACCCCUGUGCCAACGGAGGGACUUGUCAUGAAGUCCCUUCAGGCUUUGAGUGUCACUGUCCUGCUGGCUGGUCUGGACCAACUUGUGCUGAAGACACAGAUGAAUGUGCCUCCGCCCCCUGUGCUCAUGGAGGGACCUGCAUCGACAUGGAGAAUGGCUAUGAGUGCCUCUGCCCUGUGCAGUGGACAGGAAAGACCUGCCAGAUUGACGUUAACGAGUGUGGGGGAAAGCCUUGCCUCAAUGCUUACUAUUGCAAAAAUAUGAUUGGUGGAUAUCACUGUGCCUGCUUUCCUGGAUGGGUGGGCCACAACUGUCACAUAAACAUGAACAGUUGCCAUGGACAGUGUCAGAAUGGAGGUACCUGUAAGAACACAGCCAGAGGCUACCAGUGUGUUUGCCUGCCAGGUUUUGUGGGUCGGCACUGUGAGGCUCAGAGGAACCAUUGCCCUAGCAGUCCUUGCAGAAAUGGUGGCCGCUGCCAUGCGCAUCUGGAAGGUUUUGUGUGUGACUGCCCACCAGGGUUCACUGGAACCACCUGUGAGGUCCAAAAUGAUCCUUGUUAUCCAAAUCCUUGCCAAAGUAAGUCUCAGUGCAACAGCCUAGCUGGUGACUUCUACUGCAGCUGCCCUGAGGAUUAUGAGGGCAAAACUUGUUCUGAGCUCAAGGACCACUGCAAGACCCACCAGUGUGAAGUGAUUGACAGCUGCACUGUUGCCAUUGCAACCAAUGACACUCAACAACAAGUGUGGCACAUUUCAUCAAAUGUGUGUGGGCCACACGGCCGUUGCAUUAGCCUGCCUGCCGGGAACUUCAGCUGCUCCUGCGAUCCGGGAUUCACUGGCACCUACUGCCACGAGAAUAUCAAUGACUGUGUAUCAUACCCAUGUAAAAAUGGAGGCACCUGCAUAGAUGGGAUCAGCUCCUUUGAGUGUGUCUGUCCAGGCGGCUGGGAGGGUGACCUCUGUGAUGUUGAUGUGAAUGAGUGCAGCAGCAACCCCUGUCAGAACAGAGGCCAGUGCGUGGAUCUAUUUCAUGAUUUCUACUGCAACUGUGUAGACAACUGGAAAGGGAAAAACUGUCACUUACGUGAGAGCCAAUGUGACUCCAACACAUGUAGGAACGGCGGGACUUGUUAUGACCGUGGAGACUCGUUCCUGUGUCGCUGCCCAUCAGGGUGGGCAGGAAACACCUGCAACACAGCUAAGAACAGCACUUGUGAUUCGGAUCCAUGUGAGAAUGGAGGAACAUGUGUUGGAGGAGAACCUUUCACCUGCAUCUGCAAGGCUGGCUGGGAAGGGCCCACUUGUGCACAAAAUAUUGAUGACUGCAACCCACAUCCUUGCUACAACAGUGGCAUCUGUGUUGAUGGUGUGAAUUGGUUCCGCUGCGAGUGUGCGUCAGGAUUUGCUGGACCAGAUUGCCGCAUCAGUGAGUGCAUGGGAACCGAAGGGAGCUGGAGGCUGGGGUCAGAUAUAAAUGAGUGUCAGUCGUCUCCCUGUGCUGAAGGCUCUACAUGCAUAGAUGAGAUCAGUGCCUACCGUUGUGUCUGCCCUCCUGGACAAGCUGGAUCUCAGUGUCAGCAGUUCAUGGGACUUGGAAAGUCAUGCCGCCAUGCUGGCCUGCAGUAUCCUCACAGCAGUCACUGGGAGGAGGAUUGUAACGCCUGUCAGUGUGUCAAUGGCGAAGUUCACUGUUCCAAGGUGAAGUGCGGCCGUCGCCCCUGCGUCCUCCCAAAUGCUGUUUUGCCUUCAGUCACCAGCCAUCAGCCCUGUCCUGGAGGCCUUGAGUGUGUGAAGCAUCCGCUCCUCACAUGCCUGUCUCCACCAUGUCAUCAGUGGGGCGUGUGCUCAACACCUGACCCUCCCACUCCUACCCAGCAUACCCAGUGUGAGCCCCAUAGUGGCUACCUGGACAACAGAUGUGCUCACAUCACUCUCAUCUUUAACAGGGACAAAGUGCCACAGGGCACUGCUGUAGAGAACAUCUGCUCUGAGCUGAGGUACCUCCCUGUGACUCGGAUGCUGGCUGUGGACCGAGAACUGAUCAUCCUCUGUGACUUGUCCUACUAUACAAGAAAUGCUGUGGAGGUUGCCAUGUCUUUUGAAAUGGAUGGACAAUUGAAGGACAGUGACUGUGGCUAUAUCCAGAAUGCAGCAGCUGCCAUUACUAGUGCAUUGUCCAAAUACCACAACAGCACCAUCCUUCAAGCUGUAGUGGAGGCCAGGGUGGAGAUGCAGGCUGAAUGUCGAGCUGAAGGUUAUUUAGUCCCUGUGCUUGGAGUUGUCUUCAGCCUCCUUUGGGUCUUCUGCCUUGUUGUCUGUGUUUGGUGGACCCGUAAAAGAAAGAAAGAGCGAGAGAGAGCCGCCCUGUCCGAAGACACCACCGUUAACAACCAGUUGGAGCCCCUACGGAGCAAUACCCCAAAGGACAACCGAGACAAAGACAUUCAGUACGAAUGCAAGAAAUUAAUAGGCCCCUCCGAUAGGACGUGUGAUGAGCCUGAGGAGGAGGAGCAGCAGCUGGAGGAAGACGAGGAGAUGGUCUUGGGCUUGGGGGACAAGUGUUUGUCUCAUAAGUGUCCCAAAGUGGGAGCUCAGGACAGGAGCACCAACAUAAAGGCAGAGGUGAUGUGCACGACACGCAGCGGCCCAGUGAAGGCACCGCAUCGGACGGCAUACAGCCCCAAAGACAACCGAUGUAAAAACCUGAAUGCAGCCAAGUUUAGCGAGGACAUUACAGACCUCUGUGUGUGAACAAAUAACAAAUUCAGAGUCACAGACUUUAAAACUUUUGCACCACAAAUGAAGACUGCAGAUGCUUUCAUUUUCUAUUGAGUUUAUAAUGCCUUAUUGAAGUAUUUUAUUUGCAGCUGGAGGCUUUUUUAAAUCAUGUAAGAAACUUAAAAAGUGGCAUGAAAAAAUCAAGUCCUUCAGGGAUUCUGGAGUCCACAAGCUUCUCUUUUUGGUUCAAAACUUUACAGGGAAGCUGAAGCUUUCUGUUUUUAUCAUUAAGGUGAACAUUUAUGGCUGACUGCUGUUUACCUUCAGCCCAAACCCUGACAUCUAUAAAAAAAGAUUUACAUUGUGUGCAAGUUGGCAUAUUAACCUGGCUGACUGAUGCAUACAAUAGCUUUUUUCUCUAUUUUUUAAAUUUUUUAUUUUUGUUGAAGCUUGCAAUUUCUUGCAUUUUCCCUUUUAAAAUGAGAAUUGUCUCUUAUUUUUCUACGCAGUGAUCUUUCAGUAUUUCUUUUUUUAAUUAAAGUGCCUUGAAUUGCUAACUUCUCCCUUCUUUACAAUAGAAGAUUCUUAAUACAUAUAAAGGGAAAGUAGCUAUAAUCACAAACUUCUCGCCUCUAUUGCUUGUUUUAUUGUGAUGUACAGAACACUUGUAAAUAGGACAGAAAUUACUGUGUAUAUUUGAUUUUAGUAAGUUAAGAGAUUAUUUGUAUUACAGCAAUAAGGCUUCCUGUAUGUUUGGAUUUGUAUGUCAUUCCGUUUAUUAAUGGCAGAUUUUAUUUGAAUCAUGUUCAGAUUUUGUAAAUUCUCAAACCUAAUUAUUAAUACAGAAUUGUUUAAAGAUUAUUUGUUCCUCUAAUUAAAGUGUAAAUGCUGCAUUUGAAGAGUUAGCCCUGUGAUUGGUUCGACAAACUACUGUACUGUUCAUAUUUAGUUUUGGCAUAUUUGAGCUUUCAAAAUGAUAUAUGCGUUUUUUCAUCCCUUCCUGAAUCCUUGUUCCCAAAAGUACAUUUUGUUCUUUAAAACAAAACAACAGUGAAGACAUUGUAUAGUUUGUUACUGUUCUAUCACUGGUCCCAGUAUUACUGUAUUCUUGCAGUAGGUUUUUGUCUUAACACAAAAACCUAACCAUGGCCAACAUUAAAAAAAACUGAUAAAUGUCCUUGUUUAGUACAAGGUCUGGCUCUGAAUUUCCUCAUUUUGUCCUAUGAGUCUAAAGUAUUGUUUUGAACAGCAUAACAACCUGUAGGCCUUCUGAUUGAAACAGUUCACUAUUCAUGACAGAUGUCUUAUGCUCAAGUUGCUCUUUAGCCGAAUCCAGAUCAAAUCAUGCAUGUUGUGCUCCCGAUUCUAAACACUCUCAGAAGGCAAGUAAUGUGAAUUUUAGACACUUACCUAUAAAUGGCAUUCACUUAGCAGACAUAAUGAUGCACAACUGACUAUGCACAGAUCAGAUAUUGUUGGUAGAGCCUCCCCAAUUACCCAUUUCAUGCUUUUGUGCAUGUCUUCCAGUAUCUUAAAAUAGAUGCAACAGGAAAUGCACAAUUGAAAAGGCUUCAAUCCCCACAGCUAAGAAAAGUGGAGGCAGCAUCAUGAUUGGGGAUAGUGUGAAGUAGGGAGAAGAAAGCAAGUCAGGACUGAUGAGAAGAUAGAUCAGCAUGUUAACUCGUGUGGACUUAGGCUACAUUGUUCUGCUGCAUGUUGUCUUUUCAGACAACUGAAAUUGAACUGAAAUUGACUCAAAACUGUUACAUGUACCAGCAAAGGUUGGCUCUUACAUGCAUCUGAUUUCUAUUUUCAGUUCACACUUCAUGGGUCACAGCCGGCAGUCUCUCUUUAGCCUCCUCAUGUUCCAGGUUCAGAUCUACAGUUUUACAGUCUGUUGACAGUGUAAUCACUAUAGAGUGUUAGGGUGCCUGAUAGUAAAGUGGCCUUUAGCAACAUCCUCACUACAGGCUUUAUGGUAGGAAUGGGAAAGUUCAUACUGUAGGCAUGAGAUUCUUCUCAUCAUUUUGUUUCCCUGUGUUAUGUUUUCCUGGUUUUAUGAAGGGAACAAGUUGUAUAAUCGUUGAUCACUCUUUUGAGUGUUUAUGGGGUAAAAUCAAAUAUUAUCAAUAUUUGUGUAUGAAAAUUGAUUUU